AGGGCUUGCAGACAAAUUACAAUUGUUCUGGUUUCCACAGUCAGUGUGAUUCAUAUGAUUACAUUUCUGCCACUUUCAAAGCAGCUAGAGAGGAACGACCAUCUGAAAGGAAAGAUUACACAUAUUGGAUUUUUAAAGGUUCACAAAUGUGGCUCUGCAACAAUGUCAAAUAUAAUUUUCAGGUUUGGAAUUAAGAACAAUUUAACAUUUGCAAUACCAAAAAAAGGUGCUUACAUCACAAACACAGACUCUUUACUUCCUGUGCGUCCGACUGGUCAUUAUGAUAUUUUGAUCGGUCAUUCCAUAUAUAGCCGUAAGUUAUAUCAGUAUUCAUUUGGAACAGAUUCGGUAAAUAUUGCAAUUGUUCGCGAUCCUGUUCAAAGAAUGAUUAGUGCUGCGUAUUAUUACAGAGAUGUUUGGGCACAAGCAUAUCUGCUACGUGUUCCAGAAAGUAAUUUCAUUGAAAAUCUUGUCCGAUUACCUCAUGUUUAUGACAGAGCUCCAUUUAGUUUCACAAGAAAUGCCAUGGGGAGAGACUUUGGAUUUUCUUCAUCUAUAUCUAUCAAUGAUACAGAUAAAAUAAACCAACACCUAGACAUGCUGAAAAAAGACUUCAAACUUGUCCUUGUUCAGGAAAGGUUCGAUGAAUCGCUUGUCUUGAUGAAAAGAACUUUAAACUGGGACAUUGAAGAAAUACUUUAUAUAAAGAUGAAUGCAAACAAGCAUAAAGUAAUUACGCUCAGUUCAGAUCUUAUAAAGAAAUUACAAGAAACGUGUUUCUUAGAUUUCAAAGUGUAUGAAACUUUUUCUAAAAUAUUUGAUGAAAAAGUAAAAGCUGAAGGUCCGGAUUUUGUUCGUGAGGUAGAAUGGUUUCAAAAUGUGCUUCAAUCAGUGUGGGAGUUUUGCCAUACAGAGCAAGUUGGUAACAUUGUGAAAAUAGACAAAUCGGAAUGGAACGAGCCAUUUCACAUCACUCAAGAAAACUGUUCGUACAUGAAAAUGGAAGCCAUAACAUACCUUCCAAUGCUAAGAGACCGUCACCAAAAGAUGAACAAUUGAAAUUAUGUAGAUUUAUAGUAUUACUGUUGACAUAUGUUUUUAAACUUUAAAGCCCAAUAUUUUGUUUUAAAAAAACACACACACAACUUGAUAUAUGUUCAGUUACUUUCAUUUAGAGUGAAAUAAAAUUUGACUUAGCAACUAAAAUAUUUGCAUAUGAACAUUGACCUUCAAAUGGUAGAGUGACAAUCAGUUGAUAUAUAUCAGAAAACAGUUUUAGUAAAUGCUAAAACUACCUUCUGCUUACAGUCCAAGUAGGGUUAAGAAUUAAUUUAUUUGAGAUAUAUAACAAAAAUGUAUGAAAAGUGUGAUUUGUUUUUCCAGUCGUCGUAUGUAUUAGAAAGACAUUUUGUUUUUCUAACAUUUAAUCAUGAGAGAGACACAGCACAGGUAAAUAAAUAUUUGUAUGCACACCUAAUUAUAGAUGGAGUGAUAAAUAAAGUUGGGUUUUUAGGAAACCGAUGUGAAAGUUACCUCUUAUGACAAUCAAAGUUGAAAAAUGCUUUGGACGAAAUUCAUGUUUCUUGCUUAUUUAUCGUACAUGAUUUUCAAACAUAUCACUUUUCAACGUCUUUUAUUUUCGUAUGAGAAAGAGCACUCUAUACGUUUUAUUAUGCAUAAUUGAAAAUAUGAUCACAUAAACACUGUACAUCAUAUAAACAUUGAUUACUGUCUAGUCUGUAACUUCGAUUAUGAUGAUUAUUCUAAAACUUCUUAGCAAUAAAUACUGGAAUGUACUUGGUUCAUCUUGCAAUACACGAUCUUUUGCUAGACUCUUUUGCCUAUAUUUUGAUUCGUUUGAACCUUUGUCUUAUCACCAGUCAAGAUAUUCAAGUUUUCCUGUGGUACACGACAGCGCCUACAGCACAGAAAUCUUCAAAUGCAGCAUUGCACUGUAAACAUUUUUCAUUUCAGUGUUUUUAUUUUUUCUGGUCUUUUGGGAUCUUUGACUCCAGCACAUAAAGUGUUUGAAAAUUGAGCUCAAGUCAGUGCUAGGGGGGCAUAGAGGGAUGUUGCACUCUUUCAUUAUCCCUCAUUAGCCGACUCAAUCUAACAGAGUCUGUUAUUUUGAUGUGAUAUGUGCCUAUGCGGAAUCACCCUUUUCCCCAUCUUUUUACAAAAACUUAAUUAUGCACUUAUGGUAAAAUGACUUUGACUCGGGUAUCACAUAGUUUACAUAGACUUACAUAGUAAAAAUACCUCGGAAACCCUUUCUCUUAAGCUACAGAUCUAAGAGCAAAGUAAGCAUCACCUUGUGUCCGCUACAAAAGUUAUUUUAAUCAUGCCCCAUGAUCAAAACUGACCCUUCCCAAUGGAUUUCGUUUACUUUGUUUCUAUUGACUUGUUU